AUGAGUCAGUUGCCAUGCGACAGCGAAGGCGUGUGUAUGGUAUGCAAGACUCAGCCCUCCGAAGGAGAGAAGCUCAACUGCUUCACCUGUGGCACUCCAUGGCAUGUCGCCUGUGUUUCCAACCUUCCAGCCACCCUCGCUAAUACUGUUGAUUGGGUCUGUCCUGACUGUUCUAAUCUUUUGGUACCACCACCACCUGCCUUAACCCCAAAUGAUGCCUCCGGUAACCUGAUUGCUGCCAUGUUAGCUGUGGAGAGUGAUGCUUCUCUCACUGUAGAAGAGAAGGCCAGAAGACGCCAAGAGCUGAUGACCGGAAAGACCAUCCCAGAAGAACAUCUUGACAACAUCAAGAAGAACGAUGUGUCUGAAAUCCUCAGUAGGACUCUCAACUGCUCCAUCUGUAUUCAGCUACCGGAAAGACCGGUCACGACUCCGUGUGGGCACACUUUCUGUCUAAACUGUUUUGAGAAAUGGAUUCGGCAAGGGAAAAGAACUUGUGCCAAAUGCCGUCAGAGUAUCCCUGCAAAAAUGGCAAAUCAGCCCCGUAUCAAUUCAGCAUUGGUAUUUGCUAUUCGUAUGGCAAGGGCAUCCAAGAAUAAUGGUGGCGGAGGGCCUUCUGGUGUUCACCAUUUCGUACAUAACCAAAAUAAACCAGAUCAGCCAUAUGUUACGGGCCGUGCACAAAGGAAUGGUCGUGCAAAUGCUGCAAGUGGAAAGAUUUUCGUAACUGUGCCUUCUGAUCAUUUUGGUCCAAUCCCACCGGAGAAUGACCCUGUGCGGAAUCAGGGUCUGCUUGUCGGUGAAUCUUGGCCAGAUAGGCUGGAGUGCAGACAAUGGGGUGCUCACUUCGUUCCAGUUGGUGGCAUUGCUGGACAGUCAAAUCGUGGUGCACAAUCAGUUGUUCUUUCUGGAGGUUAUGUUGAUGAUCAGGAUCACGGAGAAUGGUUUCUCUACACAGGAAGCGGUGGCAAAGAUCUUAGCGGCAACAAACGCACAAACAAGACACACUCUUUUGACCAGAAGUUUGAAAAGUACAACCGGUCACUCCAAGUUAGUUGUCUAAAAGGUUAUCCGGUUCGAGUUGUGAGAUCUCACAAAGAAAAGCGAUCCUCAUAUGCCCCCGAGAGUGGAGUGCGGUAUGAUGGAAUUUAUAGAAUUGAAAAAUGUUGGCAGAUAGCAGGAUUGCAGGGUUUCAAAGUUUGCCGGUAUCUGUUCGUUAGAUGUGACAAUGAACCUGCCCCUUGGACAAGUGAUGAUCAUGGGGAUAGGCCCAGACCCUUGCCAGCCAUUCGUGAGCUGAAAAAGGCUACAACUAUAUUUGAAAGGACCGAAACUCCAUCUUGGGAUUUUGAUGAGGAAGAUUCUUGUUGGAAAUGGAAGAAACCACCUCCUCCUAGCGAAAAAAAGGUACAAACUCAGGAACCCGUGGAGAUUGCAAGGUUAAGCAGAGAAAUAAGGAAGUCCCAAACUAUCUCAAUCAAGGAACAAUUGAGUAGAGGGUUCUCGUGCCUAAUAUGCAGGCAGGUUAUGGUUUCACCGGUGACAACACCGUGUGGUCAUAGUUUCUGCAAAUCGUGUUUGGAAGGUGCUUUUGCUGGUCAGGCUUUUGUGAAAGAUAGAAGCAGGGGUGGGAGAACGCUUCGGUCCCAGAAAAAUGUGAUGAAAUGUCCUACUUGCCCUAUUGACAUCUCUGAUUAUCUUCAGAACCUUCAGGUUGAUGUAGAUUUGAAGGCUGCGAUUGAGUCACUGAAAGCCAAGGCUGAAGAAAAUGGAGAAUCGGGGGAGUCCGAUGAGGAUUCAGAUGGAUUACAGGAAGAUUCUGCUGGCACGGAUGAACAUACUGGCUCAGUGAACAAAAAUUCUGUAGAGGAGUUGAAUGAUUCACCUGAAGGAUCUGAUGUGGGUGAACUCAAAGUGACCAAUGAGGUGCCAGAUCCAGCAGUGAAGCGCAAUACAAAGAGAAAGAAAGCUGAUUCUGGAGAAAAACUGCCUGAAAUGAGUGAUGGUAAAAUGGCUAAAAAGGGCAAAAGAUACAGUAAGAGAAUGGCUGAGAAAGCAGUGGAUGAAGGAAAUGAUUCUCCGUCAAGUCCUCUCAAUCUACCAUUAAAUCAUGACUGAGUGAGGAAUGCUAACCAUUGAACCAUCUGCUAGUCGGAUUAUGGUAUGGUUGUCUCCUUAAUAUGCUGAUGCAGUGAUGUUUCAUUAUCACUGUUGGAAGAAUGGAAGUGCUACAAGGACAAUUAUUAUUUUAAGGACAUUUUUUUUUUGGGUUGAAGGUACUGGUUUGAGUAGAAGGUCAUCUUCUUCUUCUUGUGUUAUCUUUUUGUGUUUGUUCAUGGCUUUAUGUGAAAUGAAACUAUUAAAACCGAUUAUUG